GUUCGGUCAGAGAAAACGAAGUUAUAAGACGCGAAGGAAGCGCUGUGGUUGUGUUUGCUGUAGACACGGGAGUCACGUCGAGCAGCCAGAAGAUUAACGCCAGAUAUCUGUUACUAUCACGGAUUAUUUGCAUCUGUACAUGUAGGGUUUCGGAGUACGACAGCGGCUGUGCCUCCUUAACGGACUGUACGCUCUCUGGGGUUAUUCAGGCACCCGUCACUGCUGGGCAUCACAUCUCCGUUGUCUGUUCCAGUGGAAGUGAGGCUUCAUGGUCAGCAGCCUGGUGAUGGAAAGAACUGCACAGCUAUAAGCUCGGUGACUGGAUGGAAAGAGCUGUCAACGCGCUCGCAGAAGAUGGAGGAAGUGGAAAUGCACAGACAGCAGCGGCACUUUGAUUGACGACACCACUGUGGUGUUGUUGGAGGAGCGAUCUUUCAUUUGGGAUCAUCUGGAGUAUCUUUGUUGUGAGACUUCUGCUGGCAAUCCGGUUUUGACUUCCAGUUUUUUCCUCCUUCCUGCUGACCUUUUUUCACAUCUCUACUUUAGAGCGAGCAGGUGUUGCUGUGUUAAACAGCCACAGGUCUCCAAUUUACCCUGCAACCCCCUCCCCUCCCUCGAACGUACACAGAGACACACAAGCUCCUCUCUUCCAAGCGGCUGAGAGGUUGCUAUGGAAAUGGUUGUCAUGAUGCUGAUGUAGCGUCCUGAAGGUGGUAGUUGUGGAGGUAGUGGUGGAGCCGGAGGAGGUGGUGCCGGCGGCGGCAGCGGUGGUGGUGAACGUCCAGGGAUGGGAAGCGCUCCGUAUCCAGCCGGUGAGUGGAAGGGGAAGGGGCGAGGCGGCCUGCAAGAGCUGGGCUGCAUGCGCUGGAAGGUCAGCAAGCAGAAAGGAGGAGGAGGAGGAGGAGGAGGAGGAGGAGGGGAGGUGGUGGUGGGAGCGGAGGAGAGGAGGUCCAGGGAUCCCACGGACUCUCAACAGCAGCAACAGCAGGAUCUCUCAUCCUCCUCUUCCUCCCUCACCCCCCCACUGCCUCCUCAACCCUCUCUGACACCUCCGGCCAUUUAUCAUGAGAAGCAGCGGAGGGAGCUGUGCGCCCUGCACGCGCUCAAUAACGUCUUCCAGGACGGGACAGCCUUCAGUAAGGACACCUUGCAGGAGAUAUACCAGAGGCUUUCUCCCAGCACUCUGGUGACACCUCACAAGAAGAGCAUGCUGGGAAAUGGGAACUAUGAUGUAAAUGUCAUUAUGGCAGCCCUGCAGACCCGAGGGUUUGAGGCAGUUUGGUGGGAUAAAAGAAGGGAUGUAGGCAGCAUCGAGCUGUCCAACGUGACGGGCUUCAUUCUGAACGUGCCAUCCAACCUGCGCUGGGGGCCUCUCCGGCUGCCGCUCAAACGCCAGCACUGGAUAGGAGUCAGAGAGGUGGGAGGGGUCUACUACAACCUGGACUCUAAGCUGCGUAGCCCUCAACCCAUCGGCAACCCGGAUGAGCUCAGGAAGUUUCUCCGCCAGCAGCUGCGAGGGAAGAACUGUGAACUCCUAUUGGUCGUCUCGGAGGAAGUGGAGGCACACCAAACAUGGCGGUCUGACGGCUAAGGGUUUAACCAGCCAAUCACAGCGCCACCUGGGCCAGCGGGCCGAUGACAGAGAAAGUAGAAGAAGUUGUGUGCAGCCAAUCACAUGGAUGCACAUUUGCAGAUGUAUUUUUUCCCACCUUUUUGGGUUUUGUUUACACAACCGUUGCUGGACUCUUUUCUGAUUAGAUGCAAAGCAAUGACGGAGGCAAACACUUUACAGGGAGAAUCAACGAAUCACAGUCCUUUACUCACAACACAGUUAAGACUUAUAAAAAGUUACUAUUCUGUUUCUGCUAUUCUUGUGUUUUUAUAUAUGACUAUUUUUCAAUGUCAGUUUGGAUCUGUUUUAUUUUUAUUUUUUCCUUUUUACUGUUCAGAUUUCCAAAGUCAUGGGAUAUCAGGCUUUAUGAAAAAUGCUGUGUAUAUCUGCCUGUCUCCCUCAGUGAUCCUCCCUGCUUCAACCAAGAUGUUCACUGAUGUGUCUUUGUGUUUCUGUCCCUCCCGUCAUGUCUUGAAUCUCUCACUAUCCGUAUCCACCGUCCUUCACUUUCACCAAAGCGUGCCCUUCCUUGCCUCAGCGUGACUCCACUCACUCCUGCUCUCUGUCCCUUCUACAUAUCACGAGUCAAAAUCGGUGAUUUAUCACGUUGCCAACUUUGUAUUUCAUCCACUUCCCAAACUCUUCUGGCACAGUCUGAGCCUAUACUGUACAGAGGCUGUGCUGACACAACAGUUUUAUAUGCAACAAAGCAAUGCAACACUCGGGCCAAGCACUCCCUCUAGUGGAUGUUUGCCUCAGUUUCCUUUCAAGGAAGAAGUAACGGCAUCAUUCAUCCAGUUGUUUUUUUUUUAUAUAUAGAGUGCUAGUCAUCGACGAAGUAAUGCAAUAGUAACAAUUAGCAUCUCUCAGUAGAAUUAUACUGUAUUAUGAUAUCAUAUUUAUCAAAUUAGGGUGAUAAGGAAACCUGUUGUCUAAAUUGUUUAUAAAAUCAAACUCGAAAUCUUCCCCAAAAUAAUAUUACAGAUAUUGGCCAUUCGUCUGCACAGUCAGAGCAUCACAGUUCAUGUUUGACUUUGGAAAAAGCAGUCAACAGAACCAUCUCAACUCAAGGUCUGCUUGUUCUGGAGCUUUCAGCUUCAUCACACAGUUCUCAUGCCUCAGAAGAUUAAGUGAUGUUCAACUUUUGAGUAGUGCUAAAACUUUAUUAACUAUUGCGAGUGUGUCAUUUUCUCAACAAAUAUGGGGUUUUGGACUGUGAGUCAGACAAAACAACCAAUAUAAACAUGGAAACUAGAGCUCUAAGGAAUUGUGAUUGACAUUUUUCUAGAACUUUCCACUUUCUACUUUCCAUACGGUUCUAAGACAAAUUUAAUCAGCUGAUGAGGGCUGUGUGAUUCAAAAGUCAAAAGCUCCAGGGCAAGCGAGUAAGUGACCGUUUAGAUGGUCAAUAAUAAUCUAAAUAUUUAAUGAGUUACUGUUACAGUCGUCAUAUCGAUAAAGAAAUAUUUUUUAUUUGCCCAUAUUGUUUAAUUAGAGUCACAAUAGUGUGUUGCUCAGUGGUAAAAUGACACCACACAGAAUAAGGGACGAUACUUUCAUUGUUGUUCAUUGUUUUCUUUUCUCUCCGGCUCCACUCUGGUCCAAAGGGUCACCACCACAGCAGCCCUCUGUAGCACAGGAGCUCAGCUGAUGCAGGGCUCUUCUUCUUCUUCUUCUUCUUCUUCUUCUUCUUCUUCUUCUUCUUCUUCUUCUUCUUCUUCUUCUUCUUCUUCUUCUUCUUCUUCUUCUUCUUCUUCUUCUUCUUCUUCUUCUUCUUCUUCUUCUUCUUCAACAUGUCUUGUCAAAACUGCCAAACACAGCUCUGAGAGGUUGUCACAGAUUGUGUCUGAGGAGGGGUCUGGUGGUUGGUUUGCUCAGAGGGAAGUUGUUAGAGAUGGAGCGCAGUGUGCCUGGGUAGAGAAUAACGUAGAAAAAGAAAAGUGAAAGUUGGCGGGCCGGCUAGUGAACACAUGUCCAAUCGGACGUGUGCUGUGGUUUAUUAUUGUGAAAUGCGCCUUAUGAGAGAGUUUGUAGCUUUCAGAUCUAUCAGUUUAAGAGAUACUAUACAUGUAUUGUCUGCUAAAGACAAUAUUGGCCUUAACUUGUUUACAUAAGAAAAUAUUUGUUUCUCUGAAAGAUUAAGAGGGGCUGUGCAGUUGGACGCCAUUACAGGAGAUUUAUUCCAAAGCACCGAUUUAUCGUAAAUAUAGAGGAGAAACGGCUGAAGCUCAUCAGAUAUGAUGUUUUCACUUUUGCAGCCAAGGGCUUUAUGUUAUUUACAAUUGUUUAUGAUUUUAUAAAGACUAGAUCACAUGUUUUUUCCAAUGGUGCGUGUCUCAUUUUGGAAUGAAACUCCAGCCCGGUCUGUAUACCUUUAAUGUCAUAUCCAAGUGAACCUGCAUUGAAACAUCAGAGCGCUUGUCAUUCAUUUGCUGAGAUCUUUGGACCCAAUCACAUCAUGACUAGUGUCUCACAAUUGCAUUCAACAUUUGCUCUUUUUUUUGCCACGACAAUCUCUAAGCCCAUCCUACUUAAGGAAUACUGAUUGUCACUGUAUUUUGUUUUUGUUUGUUUUUUUAUUUUUUUUUGCAUAGAAAUAAAAUGCUUAUAAUGGCACUUUAUGUAUAAGA